AUGUCACGAGUGUCACUUAUCAAACUCUGCAUCAUCCACAGCCCGCAGGAUCAGCCCCCGCACCUCCACGCGCCCGUGUUCAUCCCCAGCGUCUACGACGGGCGGGACUUCGCCCACACGCUCCCGGGGCGCCAGUACGUGUGCCGCGACCACCAGAGGCGCCCGCCCCAGGGGCACGGGCAGCAGGACGGGCACCAUGAGUGCCAGGCACAGUCUCCCAAGGCGUAUCAUCAGGGACCGCAUCAGCCGUACCAGGGAGAAUACCAGGCGCGUCCAAUGCAGCACAGGGGGUACCAAGAACAGCGCGCAGCAUACCAGGGGCAGCAGGAAGCAUACCAGCGGCAGCACCAGGCGCAGUACCAAGCACAGCCGGACGCGCAGCAACAGCAGGCACACGUGGACGACAGCCCUUCGCGUCAGAGGCCCCGCCUUCCCCGGGACGGACCAGCUGCUCAACAGACGUACUUGGAUGCGUACGGACUGGAGGGCACGGGCGGCGCGCCCCUGGAAGACCCCGCUGCCCAGUAUCCCGCUGAAGGGGGCCCAGUUACCGUGCUAACGGAGGAGGACCAGACGUCCUCCUUCCUGGAGACCCUGCAGCGCCCUCCGGAGGCCUUCGCGGACCCGACGUCCUUCGACCACCCAGUCUACUUCCUUCCGCAUCAUCCUGAGGGCCACGGUCCUCCCCUUCCUUCCCCUGCGCUCCCCCCGAGGGACGGGCGGCAUGGCCUCCCGCCCUUGCCCCUCGAUGCCAGCCCCUCUCGCCCCUUGCCCUACUCGCACCACACACGCCGGCGCCCUUUGACCAGGAUCGCCGCCCUCCUCCGGCCGAACCCAGGCCACCGCCACCCCACGCCGCCCACCCAGGUCCCAGCACCCACCGCCCAGCCCAGGCCACCGCCACUCCACGCCGCCCAGUCCCCGAGAUUCUCGCCGCCCAUCCCCGCCCACGCCAAAGACGCCCACCUCGAGGCGGCCGUCCCCGAGUGCGAAGAGCAGGCGCGCCCAGCAGCCGCCCGACAGCCCGAGCCAGGCGCCGCGCCACCGCCCGCCGCGGGACCGAGCCGCCCGCCGCCCAGCCCCAAGCGCGCGCCCAGCCCUGCGCGUGGCCCCAGCCCGACGGUCGAGCGGCGGCGGCUGCCCCUCGCGUCCAGCCAGCAGCUGUUCCGCUCCAAGGUCAUCUCGGGGUCAAAGGUCAAGAAGUCCGGAAGCUCAGGGUCACAUGAACAAACUUUUGAGAGAGCCUAUGAAAUACCUACAAGAGACUUUUUAAUACCCCUUUGA